GUCAUUGAUCUUUUAUUUUAAAUUUUGGGAUUCUAAAUUAAAAGUUCCAAAAUAUUGUAUUUUCCGGCCACCGUCGAAAAUGAAAUAUGAAAGUAAAACCCUGAGUCCGCCAUCCUAGGCAGCUCCAAACUCUAAACAAAUGAUCCCCCUCAACCUCACUCUCUCUCCUCCUCCUUCUUCUUCACUUUCUCUCUCAUCUCCCUUUCUUCCUUUCAAACUCAACUAUGCCCAGAACUUGCUCAAUCAGAAAAAGAAGAAUAAGCAAAUAUUGCAACUGAGAAGAAGAGGAAUAUGUAGGGUUGAACUACAGCAGGAUGCGCCUUUGGCGAUUGCUAUCGGCGCGUGUGUGUUGAAUUCCCUUUUGUUUUCUGACACCGCCGCUUCUUUUCCGGAGGAUGAAGACGCCGCCGUAAGCUCCACCGAUGCAAGGUUUGCGGUUAUGACUAUCAUUGGUUUCAUCCCUUACUUCAAUUGGUUGAGCUGGGUUUUUGCUUUGAUGGAUACGGGUAAACGACGUUAUGCUGUCUAUGCACUUGUAUAUUUAGCCCCUUACCUCAGGACCAAUCUCUCACUAUCUCCAGAGGAGAGUUGGCUGCCAAUUGCAAGCAUUGUUCUCUGUGUUAUCCAUAUACAGCUAGAAGCGAGUAUUAGAAGUGGUGAUCUUGAUAAUUUCAACUUCUUUAACGAGGCAGCAAAGCGUCUUGGUUUGGGUAAGAAACAUAGUCAUGUGAAACAUUCAGAAGAAACGCACAAGGAGGCAAGAAAACAAGGAAACAUGAAAUUACCUUUGGGGGAACAGUCAAGGGAUGAGAUUAGAAAAUGGAGAGUCCCCACAAGGCCUUCCCAAGAUGUUGAACACGUGGAUGAAGAUGACGGUGAUUUUGAUGAUAGAAUGCAACACUAAGGAAAAAUAAAUGAUAAGGGAUGAUACACUAAGGAAGGGUAAGGGUUAGCUCAUGUACAUCAAGACAUUUGUCAGGCCUUUUACUAUAGUACAUCGAAGAGAGUAGGUUACCGAUAUGAGAAGAGAUUACAGGCAUUUGCUUCUUUGUUCAGGCGUUUCCUGAAAGUUGACUGUCAAUUUUGAAGGAAAAUUGCCUCUGAAAAUUGUGGAUGCUAUUUUCUUGUAUAUUUUUAGUCACAUUUCUGUAGGAAAAUGAGCAUUUACAUCAAUAAGAAUAUGGCUCAUAGUUUUUCUUGUGAUAAUUUUCUGCUGUCAUCUUUAUAAUCUAUAAGAACGUUUACUA